CCGCAGCAGGUUGGGACGUGCGAGCCGCAGAGUCGGUCUCCGGUGCCGCGGGCCGCCAUUUGCAACCCGAGGCUGGAGGCCGCCAUGCCGGCCUGCUUCCCAGCCGGCUACUACAACUACCUGGCUCACAAGGCCGCCCAGCUAGCCCCACUUGACUUCAGUUCAAACAGCUCUUCUUCCUCCGGAGUUGGUUGGUCACUUCAGUCAACUUCGACGACCAGCGAACACUGCAACCAUCAGGAAACCGAAGUUCAAACCCGCUCCUCCUUGAGUAGAAUCCGCCCCAAGGUGGAGUUCCACUGCGAAGUUUGCGACGUCACGCUCAAGUCCGAGUUCACCAAGGAAACGCAUCUCUCGGGCAGCAAACAUGCAAGAAAGGUUCAAGCAGCGGAAACGUCGAAGAAGUACACAGAGCCGGACGCAAACACAGAGCCCGGCAUACUCAUUGAACGAAUCAAAAGUUGCGACGGUGGUUCGUUCCACUGCGAAGUCUGUGAUAUUGACCUCAACUCCAUUCUUCAAGUCGAUAGUCAUGUCUCAGGUGCCAAACACAAGUUCCUCAAAGAAGGCAAAACUUGGAAAGAAAAGUCGAAACGUCGGAAGCCAGCCUAAUUUAGGAGGAGAAAUGCUCAGGGAUUUCUUUCACGACUGUCUCCACGACAGCCAUCGUUAAGAGAUCAGCAUUAAAAUAGUCACGGGAAAGUUCACGCAUCAAUCUCGGUAUACAUUCCGAAGCCAAGAAAUACAUUCGCUUUUUUUCCAAGCA